AUGUCCUACUAUGACUUAGAUGCCAUUCUUACAGAUGCUCAGAAAUUACCAUGUACAUUCGAACUCGAAGUUCCAGGGCUGGGUUAUCUGGAUGGUAAUGUUGGGGAGGAUAUAAAACCAGGUACCCGAAUCGACCUCCCCCUCUGGCUCGGCGAGAUGCUUGCUGUCGGAGCCCGCACCAACUCCUCCCCCCUGGUCAACCUCGAGCUGCCCAACGCCCUCUCAGAAAAGGUCCUCAACGCGCUAAAAGCCGACCCGCGCACCGUCGACCUGCGCUCCCUCGCGCCGCACUUCUAUAGACUUGGCGUGCGCAUGCUGGAGCUUGUUGAGGCGGAGGAGAUGGGUUGA